CACAAACGACAUCUCGCGAGCAAGCUUCGUUGCUGUCGCAUCCCAUCGAUCGCUUAAUAGGAGCUUCCUUUGCGCUCGCUAAACACACCACAGCCAUGGCUUCGGGUGCACAGAGCUUCUACGAGCUCUACCGUCGGAGCAGUAUCGGUCUCGCUCUGACAGACACGCUCGACGAUCUCAUCAGCGAUGAGCGGAUAAACCCCCAGCUUGCGAUGAAGAUUCUCGGCAAUUUCGACCAAGCCAUCACCGAGACGCUUCAGAAGAGCGUCAAGAGCCGCCUGCAGUUCAAGGGGAGCCUCGACACGUAUCGUUUCUGCGACGAGGUGUGGACGUUUCUCAUCAAGAACGUAACCUUCAAAAUGGACAACGGCAGCCAGACCGUCCAGGCGGACAAGGUCAAGAUUGUCAGCUGCAAUUCCAAGAAACCCGGCGAGACUUGAGGGACCGCUCCAGGAGGUCUUCUGGCGGUCGUCGCGACAGCUCGUUUGCGCCGCGGCUACUCAUGAUGAUACCAAUGCUGCUGAACAGAAGCCAUGAUGUUGGCGGGUUGCAUUUCACGGCGUUUAGAGAUUUUCAAAGGCACGUCACUAUCCAAGUGUAUUGGAACAGGUUGCCUGGCGCUUUAGGCUUUAUUGGGUGACAUUUAUGUCGGACGGUCUGAUAGACACUGGGAAGCACCGGCGAUUGCUAGACGGAGCUGUCAAACACCGUGGUCUAGCUAUAUAUGCCAUCGGCAUUCCUCCAUGGUCAACACGCUGUUGUUGAGCUACUAGUGAUUGUCGCCUUUGAGUUGUGACCGCACGGGCCCAGCACGCAGCUUUUCGCCGCCAAAUGCCGUCUGGCAACGCCACGCCAUGAGAGGGGAGAUUGGGCCUCGGCAAGGUGCAGGAGGUUCAAGUCUAUUUCGCGCUAUUGUUUACCACACAAAUAAAUCCGC